GAAUCUCAGCCUGGGAUCACUCACCCAUCACACAGCCAGCUGGGGUCUCCUCACCUCGCCAUCCCAUUCCGGAUUAUUUAUACAGACCAGAGCGGACCUUGCUUUAAAAGUGCAGCUGCCUGAGCUGAGAGGUGAUAACAGGAGCUCGGGAGAUUUUUUUUUGUCUUUUUAAACUCCCGUUUCCUCUUAUACUUCGAAGGAUCUUGAGGUUUUUUUGGUGGGCGUGAAAUUUACAGCUUUUCAGCCAGGGAGGUGUCCGUUUUUGCCCCCAUCUCCUCUCCCUGUUAAUAAAAGCAGGACUUGGCCAGGCGACACAGAUGACUUCCACCCAUAAGGAUCCGGAGUUUGACUUACAGCAGGGGGACCAUGACCCAGAUCGAAACGUCAGCCCGCAAGAGGAGUUCGACUUCUCGAUAUUAUUCGAUUAUGAUUAUGAUUACUUGAAGUGUACAGAAGAAGAAUCGACUCCUUCACAUAAAACCAACAGCCCACCCACUGGAGUUACAUACCCUCAUGAUGAUGUCUUGGACUAUGGCCUCAAGCCAUACAGCCCCUUGGCUUUUCCUAGUCUUUCUGCAGAUCACAUGGGCAGAUAUGGACAGCCAGAUAGCAUAGGGUCAAAAUGCAACUUGGACCCUGUAAAGCCUGGGGCCUCUGCUUUGAGCCCUAGGAUUGAGAUCACUCUAUCCAAUGAACUGACUAAUUCAAGGGUUCCCUUGCACAGCAGAGACACAGAUCUUUUGGUAGAACAUCAGUCCAACUCAGCCACCGCUAGCCCAAGGUUUACACUGCCUGUCCCUGGCCAUGAGGGCUACAGAGAACCGCUGUGUUUGAGCCCAGCUAGUAGCGGCUCAUCUGCAAGUUUCAUUUCAGAGACAAAUUUCUCUCCUUACACAUCACCAUGUGUUUCACCAAAUAAUGGCCCUAGUGAUGACCUUUGUCCACAGUUUCAAAACAUCCAUACUCAUUAUUCCCCUAGAACCUCGCCAAUAAUGUCACCACGAACAAGCAUCACGGAGGAUACCUGCUUGGGACCACAUUCACCAUCACCCCGUCCCAACUCAAGGUCGUCAUCGCCAGGUGCAAAACGGAGGUACUCUUGCACUGAGCUCUGCAACACUCAGCCGCCUUCCACUUCUCCACGACAGUCAAGGACCCCUUCGCCACAAGCCUCUCCUCACAUCCCUUUGAGAGAAGACAGCUCUUUGCUCACUUACACACAGUUGCCCAGCUCUUCUAGUCUCAUGGAUGCUAUGAACAACCUUAGCACGGAUCCUCCCUGUGGUGUUCCCAUGAAAAUUUGGAAAACCAGCCCUGAUCCCCCAUCAGUGCCUUCCCACAAAAACAGCAUUCCAUGUCACGUCUUUCAGACCGUUGAUUACCUUGGGCCUUGUGAUCAGGAAGACAGGAGAAACUCAGCACCUGAAUCCAUUUUGUUAGUACCUCCGUCUUGGCCAAAGCAGCUGGUGCCUGCAAUACCCAUCUGCAGCGUACCUGUUGCAUCCCUCCCACCUCUUGAGUGGCCACUCUCCAAUCAGUCUGGCUCUUAUGAAUUGCGCAUUGAAGUGCAGCCAAAACCUCACCAUCGGGCACACUAUGAAACAGAGGGGAGUCGAGGGGCAGUCAAAGCACCAACGGGGAGCCAUCCUGUGGUCCAGCUUCAUGGUUACAUGGAGAACAAACCCCUGGGUCUUCAGAUCUUCAUUGGGACAGCCGAUGAACGGAUACUUAAACCUCAUGCUUUCUAUCAAGUCCAUCGCAUUACGGGCAAAACUGUUACCACCACCAGCUAUGAGAAAAUCAUAGGCAACACCAAAGUUCUAGAGAUCCCCCUGGAGCCCAAAAACAACAUGAGAGCAACCAUUGACUGUGCGGGGAUUUUGAAGCUGAGGAACGCGGACAUCGAACUGCGGAAGGGGGAGACGGACAUUGGUCGGAAGAACACCAGGGUGCGGCUUGUCUUCCGUGUGCACAUCCCUGAAUCCAGUGGCAGAAUAGUCUCUUUGCAAGCGGCAUCUAAUCCCAUCGAAUGCUCCCAAAGAUCUGCUCAUGAGCUUCCAAUGGUUGAAAGACAAGAUAUUGAGAGCUGCCUAGUUUACGGUGGACAGCAGAUGAUCCUGUCUGGUCAGAAUUUCACAGCAGAGUCUAAAGUUGUAUUCACUGAGAAGACGUCAGAUGGUCAGCAGAUCUGGGAGAUGGAGGCGACAGUGGAUAAAGAUAAGAGCCAACCUAGCAUGCUUUUUGUAGAGAUACCAGAGUAUCGGAACAAGCACAUCCGUACACCUGUGAAGGUGAAUUUCUAUGUCAUCAAUGGGAAAAGAAAAAGAAGUCAGCCACAGCAUUUUACCUAUCACCCAGUACCAUCAAUCAAAACAGAGCCCAUUGAUGACUAUGAUCCAGCUUUAAUCUGCAAUGCAGUACACAGUGGUCUGGGAACAGUAACACAGCCUUACUAUUCACAGCACACAAUGGUCACCGAAUCCCCUUCCUGUCUUGUGGCCACUAUGGCUUCCUGCCAGCAGUUGCAUUCAGGCCUGUCUUCUACUGAUUCCCGAUAUCAUCAGCAGAACCCAGCAGCUGUAAUAUACCAAAGAAGCAAAAGUCUCAGUCCUAGCCAACUAGGCUACCAGCAGUCCAGUUUGAUGGCCACACAGGUUUCCAUUUCAGAUGCACACAGGUCAGUGCUGGUGCAUGCUGGUUCCCCAGGCCAAACCUCAGCUGUGCUCCACCAUUCUCCAGCCAGUCAACAAUCUUCUCCCGUGAUUCACUAUUCUCCAACCAAUCAGCAGCUGAGGUGUGGAAGCCAUCAAGAAUUCCAGCAUAUCAUGUGCUGCGAAAAUUUUACCUCUAAUGUAGCAAGACCCAGCCAGCCUCAGGUCAGUCAAGCACAAAGGAUAAGUCCAAGUUCAUAUCCUACCGUGAUUCAGCAGCAGACAGCCACCAGCCAGAGAGCAGCAAAAAAUGGACCGCCCGUUAGUGAUCAGAAAGAAGUGUUACCAGCCGGAGUCACUAUUAAACAGGAACAGAACCUGGACCAAGCAUAUCUGGAUGAUGAGCUGAUAGAUACACACCUUAGCUGGAUACAAAACAUUAUAUGAAACAGAAUGACUGUGAUCUUUGAUCCAAGCAAUCAAAGUAAAAGUUAAUGAAAUUAUCAGGAAGGAGUUUUCUGGACUCCCUGCCAGAAAUCAGACGUAGAAGAAGAGAUUUGUGAGACAACUUUUACUGAAUCCUUCCAUAACUGACCUGUUUAGAUCCUUCCACUGCCCCUUCAA